CGAACGUCAUCAGUCACAGUUCAGAAUAGCUCAGAAUGCCUUUUCGCGAAGCUGAAGUUACCGAAGAAGUAAUGUCCGCUUUAAUCCAGCCAUCUGGGCUGUAUCUAUGCCACUCUCGAAAUGCAUCGUCCGAUCCUCCGCUCCAUCUCCACGACCUCAGAGUUUCCUCCAUCUAGUAUAUAAAGCUACACGCCCAUUGGAAUCAUCUACAGGCACCAUCCUGAGCAAUUUUAGAGAUAAGCCCGCUUCAAAAACAUCCAUUUGUUUUAUUCCGUUUUCUCAAAAUCACAAGCAUCGCCUGGAUUAUUCGGAAGUCCUCUGAAAUGUCGAAGCCGCACGCCCUCGUUGUGGGCGCCUCGAUCGCUGGGCCCAUGACGGCGUACUGGCUCGCCAAGGCCGGCUUCAGGAUCACCGUAAUAGAGCGCUUUCCGAAGUUCCGCCCCGGGGGACAAAACAUCGACAUUCGUACCUCGGGCGUGACUGUAAUGCACAAAAUACCCGGAAUGGAACCCGCUGUGCGUGCCAAAAUAAUUCCCCAAGACUCGAUCCAAUUCGUCAACUCCAAAGGAAAGCCAUAUGCAACUAUGAAGCCGACAGGUGACCCAAACCAGCAGAACCUCAUCUCAGAGUAUGAGAUCUUCCGCGAUGACCUGAGCAAGAUACUAUACGACCUGACAAAGGACAACCCAAAUGUGCGAUACGUCUUCGGCGAACAAGUGUCUGCGAUCCACCAGGAAGAGAAAGGGAAAGUAACUGUCGAGUUCCAGGAGGGAAAGCUGUCCAGACAAGACUACGAUUUGGUAGUCGCCUGUGACGGCGCUACGUCACGAACGCGUGCACUAGGCUUCGACUCCACCGUCCGCACGCACAUGCACCCGAUGAACAUGUGGUGUGCCUAUGCCUCUGUUCCAACAGACUAUCUGAAUGGUAGCAAAGCAGCCACAAUGUACGGGUCAAUUGGAGGACGAGCUGUAGCCUUUGGUCCAGACCCAACAGGCGGAAAUCGUGUAUGUGCGCUCGCCGUUCUGCCACAGAAAGAAGUCGAUGCUACGCUGCCGUUCCGGAAGGCACAGAAGGAAGGCGAUGAUGCGCUCCGGAAGUACGUGGGCCAGCACUUUGCAAGCGUGGGCUGGAAGACUGCAGACGAAGUCGUCCAGGCACUGACGGCUGCUCCCGACUUCUACGCCUCGGAAAACGUGCAGAUCAAGCUGCCGUCUCUGUCGCGGGGACGCUUCACUCUCGUCGGCGAUGCAGGCUAUGCAGCCGGUCCUACAGGUGGAGGCACCACGUUGGCAAUGACCGGUGGCUACGUGCUUGCUGGCGAGCUGCUGCGACACAAGGGCGACAUUGAUGCUGGACUAAGCGCGUACGAAGCAAUUAUGCGGCCCGUCAUCGACGAUAUGCAGAGGAUCCCGCCAGGAGUGCCCACGGCGAUUGCGCCGCAGACAUGGUGGGGAAUUGCGAUUCGAGACGCUGUGCUUGUGGCAGUAACAUGGGGCAACGCCAUGUUUGGUUGGGUAUUGAAGUAUUUGGCACCGAGUUUUGGUGGUGACAACUACAACUUGCCAGAGUAUGAGUGGGUAGAGUAGGAGCAUUGAAUACGAUACCCUUAUAGCGUUUGGGUUUGUGUGCAUUUUAUUUUGUCUCCUUCCUUCUCUUGAUACGCUGGU